AUGAGCCUGCUCGCAGCUACCAUCCGACAAAGCUCGCGUUAUAUAUCGAACCAAUCAGUCGCACAUCCCUCAAUCACACGCGCCAUGCAUAUCCAAUCGAUUCCCAUGUGGGAGGGGACCGGGAACAAUUACGCAUAUCUGGUUGUCGACGAUAAGACGAAAGAAGCCGUGAUCAUUGAUCCCGCGCAUCCGCCUGAAGUCCUUCCGGUCCUCAAGAAGCAGACAGAAGACGGAUCCAUCAAGCUCACCCAAAUAAUAAACACUCACCACCAUAACGACCACGCAGGCGGCAACUCCGAAAUACUUGAACAAUUCAAACUCCCCAUUAUCGGCGGCAAAGACUGCGCAAAGGUCACGAAUACCCCAGCACACAAAUCUACCUUCUCGAUCGGUGAGAGUAUAAAGGUUACGGCGCUACACACACCAUGUCAUACGCAAGAUAGCAUAUGCUACUUCGUCGAGGAUGGUACAGAUAAAGCGGUGUUCACCGGAGACACACUAUUCAUUGGUGGAUGCGGGCGCUUCUUCGAAGGCAGCGCGACUGAGAUGCACAAAGCCCUCAACGAGGUGCUAGCAUCGCUUCCCGAUGACACUAAAGUCUACCCCGGUCAUGAGUACACUAAGGGCAAUGUUCGCUUCGCCAAGCGAGUUCUGCAGAACGAUGCCAUCAAGAAGCUAGAGGAAUUCGCGCAAAACAACAAGGAGACACAGGGGAAAUUCACGAUUGGUGACGAAAAGAAACACAACGUAUUUAUGAGAGUCAAUGAUCCCGCCAUCCAGGCGCUAGUAGGCCAUACAGAGCCCGUUGAGGUCAUGAAGACACUGCGAGAGAUGAAAGAUAGGGCGUAG